GCUUGUGUCACGGAAGCGCAAAGAUUAGGCUACGUAGUACACAUGUACCUCGCCGCGGCGGCCCGGGCCUGCUAGUGCAAACGCCAAAGAUCACUUCACCCGGACACACACACACGCACGCACGCACACACAAUCCGAACCGAACCGAACCUUUCUGCCCGACGACGCGGAGGACGUAGCGCUUUGGAGGCAGCAAAUCGGCGACUGCGGCUCGACGGGCGCUGCUGGAAUUAGCCGGGCGUGCCGCCGGAGAGCGGGUUUUGUGAGGAGAUCUCCACUUGGAUGCCCAAGACGCGGCAUUUUCCCAAAAUUUCACCAUGAAUCGGAAUAAGCGUGAAAAGGAGUAUUACAGUUUAGACGUUGGGGACUCCACUUUCACCGUUCUAAAGCGCUAUCAGAAUCUCAGGCCCAUAGGAUCCGGAGCACAGGGUAUUGUUUGUUCAGCGUAUGACCACAACCUGGAGAGAAACGUCGCCAUCAAGAAGCUGAGCCGGCCAUUUCAGAACCAGACCCAUGCCAAGCGGGCCUACAGAGAAUUGGUGCUCAUGAAAUGCGUCAACCACAAGAACAUUAUCGGCCUAUUAAAUGUAUUCACGCCACAGAAGACACUGGAAGAAUUCCAAGAUGUGUAUCUAGUGAUGGAGUUAAUGGAUGCCAACCUCUGCCAGGUGAUUCAGAUGGAGCUGGACCACGAGAGGUUGUCCUAUCUGCUCUACCAGAUGCUGUGUGGCAUUAAACACCUCCACGCCGCCGGCAUCAUACACAGGGACCUGAAGCCCAGUAACAUUGUGGUGAAGUCGGACUGCACGCUGAAGAUCCUCGACUUCGGCCUGGCCAGGACAGCUGCCACGGGCCUCCUCAUGACCCCCUACGUGGUCACCCGCUACUACCGCGCCCCUGAGGUCAUCCUCGGCAUGGGCUACCAGGCCAACGUGGAUAUUUGGGCUGUGGGCUGCAUAAUGGCAGAAAUGGUUCGCCACAAAAUCCUUUUUCCAGGAAGGGAUUAUAUUGACCAGUGGAAUAAGGUGAUCGAGCAACUGGGGACGCCAUCGCAGGAGUUCCUGAUGAAGCUCAACCAGUCGGUCAGGACCUAUGUCGAGAACCGGCCGCGCUAUGCCGGCUACAGCUUCGAGAAGCUUUUCCCUGAUGUCCUCUUCCCCGCCGACUCUGACCACAACAAGCUGAAAGCGAGUCAAGCCCGAGACCUGUUAUCCAAAAUGCUGGUAAUAGACGCGUCCAAACGGAUCUCGGUGGACGAGGCACUCCAGCACCCCUACAUCAACGUGUGGUACGACCCGACUGAAGUGGAGGCGCCGCCUCCCCUGAUCACAGACAAACAGCUGGAUGAAAGAGAGCACACAGUCGAAGAGUGGAAAGAGUUGAUAUACAAAGAGGUUCUGGACUGGGAGGAAAGGACGAAGAACGGGGUGAUCAGAGGACAACCGGCUUCUUUAGGUGCAGCAGUGAGCAGCAGCCCCCAGCAGCAACCACGCCACCACCAACACCACCCCUCCACGUCCUCCGUCAACGAUGUCUCCUCCAUGUCAACCGACCCCACCCUGACCGACACGGACAGCAGCCUGGAGACAGCAAGCGCCUCCGCCGCAACAGCUACUGGGCCCCUGGGCUGCUGCAGAUGA